AUGCUUGAAAAAUGCAAAGAGGAAGGUGCAACAGUGAUUGAUUUUGGAUGUUGUCUUGGUCAAGAUGUGCGACAAUUUGUCUACGAUGGAGUGCCACUCGAUCAGAUUCGUGGCUAUGAUUUAGAUCCUUUCUUCAUCGAGCAAGGUUACGAAUUAUAUCGUGAUGGUGAAGUGAUGAAAGAAAAGAAGAUAUUUGCGGCAGGAAGCAUACUUGACGAUCAAUUUCUAGAUGGGAUUGAACCCGCUGACUAG